AUGUUCCGUCCUGCCGCUCGAGCGCUGGCUCGCGCACCUGCUGUCGCGGCUCGUAGCCCGGCAAACACUCGAUUGAUAAGCACUGCCAGCCCGGUCUCCAAACCGCGAAGCUGGAAGAGCAUCUUUGUCCGUCUCGGUCUGGCCGGUGGUGCCGUCUACUACUAUAACACGAGCAAUGCCUUUGCUCAGGAGCCCUCUUUCUCCCUCAUGAGCCACUUCAGCCAAGAGACCACCGAAGACUCUGCUGUGACCACUCUCGAUUCCAUCACCCCCAAGAUCCGCGAAGAAAAGGCCGCCUCUUCCUCACAGCCAAAGGUCGAUGCGCCGGCUUCUUCAACACCGGCAGCCGAUGCGACAGCUGAUGCUGCUGCCGUGGAAAUCAACCCCCAGGUCGGUAUCGAAUCAGAGGAGCCUCCCGAGUCAGCGGCAUUCAAUCCAGAGACUGGCGAGAUCAACUGGGAUUGCCCUUGCUUGGGCGGUAUGGCUCACGGUCCUUGCGGCGAGGAGUUCCGGGCGGCAUUCUCGUGCUUUGUCUACUCCAACGAGGAACCCAAGGGCAUUGAGUGCAUUGAGAAGUUCAAGGACAUGCAAGAUUGCUUCCGUCAACAUCCCGACGUCUACGGCGCGGAACUAGAGGAUGACGAGCCCGAGGGCGACGCUCCCGCCCUUGCGGCCGCCGAUGUCAAUGCCGAGCUCGCUGAGAGCAACCAGCUCGUCCCCAAGACCCACCACGACGUUGCCGAGAAGACCCAGGAUGCGAACUGA